AUGGCAGCACAAAGAGGGAUUGAUGCCUUACGCGCCAAACUGAUUGGAGGAACUCAACGACCGGCUGUUGCCAUGGCUGCUCACAGCCCCCUUUCGGCGAAGAUCGUUGCAGAGACCGAUGGUUUUGAUGCAAUCUGGGCUAGUGGUUUUGAACUCUCCGCGUUGUAUGCCGUUCCCGACGCAAGCAUAGUCUCACCAAGCAUACAUCUGGAGACCACUAGGGCAAUGGCUGAAGUACAAGACCUCCCCAUCAUUGCCGACUUGGAUACGGGGUUUGGGAAUGCCAUCAAUUUGGCGUACAUGAUCCCCCGAUACCACGCUGCUGGGGUGGCCGCCGUCGUCAUCGAGGAUAAGACAUUUCCUAAGGACAGCAGUCUUCGGGUAGAUGGUCGACAAUCCUUGGUUUCCAUUCGUGAGUUUCAAGGCAAAAUUGCGGCUGCGAAGGAUUUGGGACCCAUGCUUGUCAUUGCUCGCACGGAGGCGCUGAUUGCCGGGUUGGGUCAGGAGGAAGCGCUGAAGCGCGGUCUUGCUUAUGCAGACGCGGGAGCAGAUGCAGUGCUGAUCCACAGCAAACAAAAGACGCCGGACGAAAUCAUUUCAUUCUGUCGCGUAUGGCCACGGAAUGGAGUGCCCUUGGUCUUGGUGCCGACAAGCUAUCCUCAGCUUUCCUUUCAGGAGAUUUCCAGACUGACCGACGGCAAGGUCCGUCUGCUCAUAUGCGGCAACCAUAGCAUUCGCGCGACGGUCAGCUCCAUGCGGCGCACCUUCAAGCAAAUUGUAGAGGAUGGUGGUAUUGCUGGUGUGGAGGGCCAGAUUGCCUCUGUGUCUGAUGUUUUUGCUCUCCAGGGCGAUGCAGCAAUGAGAAAGCUGGAGAAGCAGUAUUUGCCAUAG